UGCUUCUCUAUUUCGUGGUUGCUGUUCGGCGUCGUUGCUUCGACAACCCCUUCGCGCGCUUUUAUUCGGCUUCCUUCCUAUCGGAUCGGAAGUCACGACAGUUCGACGUUCUUCCUGUUGGAUCGGAAGUAACGACGGGAGCUCGCUCUCUGUGAAGGUGAAGUAAGAGAAACAAAACAAGGAAUCAGGAUGUCCGGUAGGAAGGAAACAGCUUUAGAUUUGGCAAAGUUUGUUGACAAGGGUGUCCAAGUCAAAUUAACUGGUGGAAGGCAAGUUAGUGGGACUUUGAAGGGAUAUGAUCAACUGCUAAAUCUGGUUCUUGAUGAAGCAAUAGAGUUUCUUAGAGAUCCUGAUGAUCCUUUGAAGACUACUGAUCAAACUAGACGUCUUGGCCUAAUAGUUUGCAGGGGAACUGCUGUGAUGCUUGUUUCACCGACUGAUGGCACAGAUGAAAUUGCCAACCCGUUUAUCCAGCCUGAAGGCGCAUAAGCUGAGUGCUUAUUUAUAACUUGGCAUCACCACCUUUUAUUUGGUAUUGGUAUGCCCAUCUUGUAUGUGUAUCAGGUGUAGCUGUCUUCUACAUCUUCAGAAAUAUGAAAUUCGGUUAGAUGUUUUAUGUGAUGUGAGCUCUUAUGCUGUGUUUUAAUGGAGGUCCAGCUAAUUUUUAUAAGAAACCUUUCUCAACUAUGUCUAAAGAAGUUCAACCAGCCUUUCAUAUA